AUGGUGAAAAAAAAGGCUAAGAUGGAUAUAUUCUAUCCUUCACAAGAGACUGAUGAGACAGCUGUUCUGUGAAAAAAAUUGGUGGUAGUUCUGCACCAGUAAUACUGUUUGUUCAUGGUGGGUACUGGCAAGUAGGGAGCAGGAAGAUUUACAGCUUUGUUAGUAAAUCAUGGACUAAAGCUGGUUGUGUUGUGGCAGUGGUGGGUUAUAACCUUGCACCAGAAGCAAGCUUGAAUCAGAUGGUUAGUGAAAUAAAGUCAGCAGUAAAAUAUAUCAAUACCAGGUUUCCAGAGUCCAAACUGUUCUUGUGUGGCCAUUUAGCUGGGGCACAUUUGUGUGCUAUGAUGAUGGUGUCAGACUGGAGCAAAGAUCCUUUGAUCCCACGAGCCAUUCAUGGUAUGUUCUUGUUAUCAGGUUUUUUUGAUUUGGUACCGAUUGUAAAUACUUAUGUUAAUGAUGCAUUAAGACUGACAGAGGAAUCUGCUGCGCAAAUCAGUCCUCAACAAAUUCUGAUAAAGAUGUCACCAAAGUUUGUGUGUCCUAUUUUGGUUGUGAUGGAAGAGCAUGGUUCCCCAGAGUUUCAUAGACAGGCUAAAGAAUUUGUUGAAAUCUUAAAAAGUCAUAAUGUUCAGUGUUCUUUGCUUGAGCUACCAGGAGUAGAUCACUUUAGCAUGAUUGAAAAUAUGGUGAAUAGUAAUGAUCUCCUCUUCCAGGAG